AUGGAAACUAAUUUGAAAGACUUAAAGGCUAAUAGUUUUAUUAAGACUCGAGGUGAUGAAAUUAGUACGAAUGAACAGAAGGAAGAGCACAGGAGGCAAUUAGAAGAACAGAGAAGGACAGCACUACGAGCUUUAUUAGAACCUAGUGCUAUAGAAAGAUUACAACGAGUUGCCCUUGUUAGACCUGAAAAGGCUCAGUUAAUUGAGGAACAUAUACUUAAAUCAGCACAUAUGAGUGGAUUCUCUCCAGCAAAUAGAAUGAGUGAAGAUGAACUCAUAAAUAUUCUCUCAAGGGUAAGUUUAAAUUUAAAAUUACUAAAUACUUUUCUUAUAGAUUUCUCUGAUUGUCUAGAUGAGUAA